AUGUCUGCAUGGGCCAAGUUCAGCAGCACAUCCAAUUCCCUCGUACUUGGGGAUGAAACCUAUGUUCUCCAAAGGACAGACAGAAGCGCAAGCUCGCUCUUUCGCUUCGACGACCCGCGCUUUGAGCCAUUGAAGCAAUACGUCUACAAUCCUCUACCGCCAAAGAUGAUUCGUCUCAUGCGCCUCAACUCGGGUGAUCGCGACGACUCCAUUCAAUGUGAGCUUUUCGAGGCGGCUUACGACAAUUCCUUCCAUAUCCCCACACAUGUGAGCCGCAAGUGGGAACGCUCAAAAUUCGAACCAGAACUGGAAGACGUGAAACAGUCAUUAAGCAGAUUAGUGAAGAGAAUGAAGACGAUGAGGGAACAGGAAAAGAGGGCGCUAGAUGGCAGCUGGUGGACCACGGGGCGCUUAUGGCAGAUGGCGAGUACUGUGUCGCAGAUGGCAGAUGGUACAUGGAAUACGACGGCCAUGGAGCAAAUGAGAGAGAUAGAAAAGACGAGAGCAAUGGAGGAAACGACAGCGAAGGCGGAAUUGAAAGCGAUAGAGAAACCCAUUGGUCGCUUUCAAGAUCGAUUCGAAGAACUCAAACGCAAGAUUUUGGGAGAGGAGCUAGAAGCAGUUGAGAAGAUCGAAAUUGAGUACGAAGCAUUAUCAUGGUGCUGGGGUCGGGCUGUCUCUGAUUACGUGGUAUUGGUGACGAAAGGUGACCAGUCCUACAAGAUGCCAGUGAGAAAGGACCUGGCCCUAGCACUGAAAUACCUUCGUCACCAAGGGAGACCAAGGAUUCUCUGGAUUGACGCGAUUUGUAUCGACCAGGAAAACGAUGUCGAAAGAAAUCAACAGGUUCAGAUGAUGUCCAGGAUCUACACUCGAGCAGCUAAUGUCUGUAUUUGGCUUGGGCAGCAAGAUAAUGAGAGCGAGGUCGCAUUUAAGUUCAUCAAGGAAGAAAUCACGCACCUGAAAGACUUUGAUGCAAUCAGCUCAGAUAAAGAUUACGGCGGCAAAUGGCUGGCGUUGAUGGUGCUUAUGCAGCGAGAAUGGUUCUCCCGCCGCUGGGUCGUUCAAGAGCUGUCUUUAGCGAACAAAGCAGAGAUAUGGUGCGGGCCUGACUCAAUGCCAUGGAAAGAAUUUGCAGUUGCUGUCGAACUUUUUGUGGAGGUUGAAACUGCUACACACCGACUAUCAGAAGUGAUGCAGAAGGACGUCCAGUCUCGACAUGUACCUGGCUGGUUUGAACAUGUUUCACAACUCGGAGCGAGCCUCCUGGUACAAGCGACAGGCAAGGUGUUUCGUAGUUAUGGAACACCCAUGGACGAAAAUGAAGUGGACGACAAGGCCUUGGACGUUAAAAUGACCGACGAAGAAAAAGCUGCCGAGGAGGAGAAGGCCAAAAAGAAGGCAAACGAGGAGAAGCAUGGCCAGCGGACUAAAUCGCUCGAUAACAUACAGACGAUUGAUCCAUUGGAUCGCAGAAGCCUUCUCAGCCUGGAAGCAUAUUCAGACGUCUGUCGAGACUUUAUGGAGUUCUGUAUUCGACGGAAGAACGCACGUGAUCCAGUACAGGCUUUGGACAUACUAUGUCGUCCAUGGGCAUUGGAGCCCCAGCUCGGCAGUUCAGCUAGACUGAAGAAAAAGAAAAGAAAAUCACCUGCAGACCGGGCUGAAAAGCCAAGGCUUAUACGUGAGCGAAGCGCGGAAUGGAAAACGAAAUACAGUGAUUUCAAAGAUUACCAAAAACGGCUCAUUCAGAGUAGCACGAACUGGAGUUCAGGAAAAGCAAGAGAGCUCUGCGAAGAAUCACGGAAGCGAAAAGCGCAAGAGAGGAAAGAGAAUCAAGAUGACAAAACCAAGAUGGAGGAAUUUAGAGACAUCGCUCUACCAUCAUGGAUACCUCGUGCUAAGAACGCACCGUUCGAGAUCUAUCGCCAUCCUGGUAUGCAGAUCAAGAAGACAGGCCGAACGAAUGUAGAUCCUGUGGUCGGGUGGCCAACAGAUGGGCGCAGAGACUUCAAGAAGACAGGACGAGCAAAUGCAGACCCUUUGGUUGGGUGGCCACAAGAUGGGCACAGAAACUACAGCGCGGCGCAAACUGAGACUGUAAAGCUUGACUGUAUCAAGUUCAGGAAGAGACCUUACUUGGGACAUUACAGUCUUUAUGUUACCGGCUUCAAAGUGGAUGAGAUUGAUGAGGUCAGAGAUGCAUCCCAGGGAGGAAAUAUUCCAAAUUCAUGGCUGGAACUAAGUGGAUGGGAGCCGCCAUACACCCAAGAUCCACCGGCUGAGUUUUGGAGGACGAUAGUUGCCGACAGAGGAUUUGAUAACCGCAAUCCACCGUACUACUUUGCGAGAGCGUGUAGAGAAUCCGUGGAUAAAGGUGGGCGGGAAAGUGGUCGUGUGAACACUACGGCUUUGAUCAACAACGAACGAAAUUCCAUCAUUGCGGAAUUUUGUCGGCGGGUUCAUGCCGUCAUCUGGGGCCGAUCUCUCUUCAAAACCAAAGAAGGUAGGCUAGGACUUGGUAAAGACGUCCGAAAAGGAGACCUGGUGUGUAUCCUACAUGGAUGUACUGUCCCAGUAAUUCUGAGCGUCAAGAAAAAGCAGAGGGGAGACAGAGACAAUGAGAUCUUUGAAGAUCAAUAUCAGACAUUCAGGUCGUGCGUUCAGAAACUGGAAAAGAUCCUCGUGUGCAAGAGAAGGUAUGAGAACCAAAAAGAGAAGUACAAGAAACAAGAAGGAAACACCCCAGCAGAAUCCAGUUGGGAGCAAGACGUGAAACGCGUCCGGGAGGAAGUCAACAGUGUCCUUAUCGAAGACAAGAAGCGAAGAGACAAGGAGCGAGAAGAAGCCAAGGAACAGCGUGGCAAGAAGGAAACCACAAAGCAGAGAUUCCAACAAGACGAGGAAACAUUCUAUGUCUUCAAAGGGGAGAGCUAUGUACACGGAUGCAUGGAUGGAGAAGCGGUGCGAGAACGCUUCUACGGAAAUGAGCAAGAGUGGAUUUAUGAAUUACGCUGA